ACGUGACGCCUGGCCGAGGCACCGAGCAAAGGCGCGUGUGUGUGUGUGUGUGUGAGAGAGAGAGAGAGAGCUUGGUAGUUUGAAGGGAUAAGCAUGGCUUCCGGGAGUGGCGCAAGUGGACCGGACGGGCCGGAGGGAGGCAAGGGCGUCAAGGUGGUGUGCCGGUUCCGUCCUCAGAACUCGCGCGAGGUGGCCGAGGGCGGACGGGAGGUCAUGGUGCUGGAUGACAACGGGAAGAGGGUGGUGCAUGACGACCAUGAGUUUGUGUUUGAUGCUGUGUUUGGGCCACAGGCUGACCAGAAGACCGUCUUUGAAGGCUGUGCCUCCAAGCUUGUAGACGAUGUGCUCGCUGGCUACAACGGCACCAUCUUUGCCUACGGACAGACGAGCUCAGGCAAGACCCACACCAUGAUGGGGCCUGAUACUAAGGACGAGGCCAUGAUGGGCAUUAUUCCGCGGAUUGUGCGGGAGAUCUUUUCCCGCAUCGACAGCAACGCUGUCAACUACGAGUACGAGGUCUCGGUGGCCUACUUUGAGAUUUACCUCGAGCGGGUGCGCGACUUGCUCAAUCCCACACAGGGCAAGCUAGCUAUUCGCGAGAACAAGGCCCGUGGCGUGUUUGUGCAGGGCCUCACUGAGCGACGGGUCAACACCGCCGACGAGGUGCUGGCAGUGAUGGACGCCGGCGGCGAGAACCGCAAGGUCUCAUCGACCGACAUGAACGCGGUCUCCUCGCGGUCGCACUCGCUGUUCCAGAUGACGGUCCGCGGCAAGAACCUCAAGGACUUGUCCGAGACGACGGCCAAGCUCAACCUGGUUGAUCUGGCCGGUUCCGAAAAGGUGAAGAAGACGAACGCAACCGGCGACCGGCUCGACGAGGCCAAGAACAUCAACACGUCUCUGACGGCGCUGGGCAAGGUCAUCUACGCGCUGACCGACGGCAAGUCGCGGCACAUCCCGUACCGCGACUCCAAGCUGACCCGGGUGCUCUCCGAGUCGCUCGGCGGCAACUCGCUCACGCUGCUCAUCAUCAACUGUUCGCCAUCGUCGUUCAACGCAACCGAGACGCUGUCGACGCUGCGGUUCGGCAAGCGAGCCAAGGAAAUCAAAAACGUUGCCACGGUCAACGCCAAGCGGUCGCCGGCCGAGAUGGAGCUCCACAUCUCCAAGCUCGAGAAGACGAUUGCCAAGCUCCGCGGGUACAUUGCGGCGCUCGAGUCCGAACUGGAGGCCCGCGGCGGCGCCGAGUUUGUGGCGUCGAUGGCAGCGUCGAUGGAUGCGGCAGUGAUGCCGCCGGCAGGGGCAAGCGAAAGCGGAGUAGUGGGGGCUCCUGCUCCCGGGCCGGCCGAGCCUGCACCGGCCGGUCGGCCGCGGGCGUCGUCGAUCACAGCGCAGGCGGCAGCAGAGCAGGCGGCGGCGCUGGAGGAGCUGGAGCGGCAGGUGCAGGAGUUUGAAGAGGAGAACGCCUCGCUCUCGCUGGCUAACAACGCGCUCCUCGCCGAGCUGGAGGCUGCUCGCGAGGCGCUCAACGACGACUCGGAGCGGGUCAACGAGGUCAAGAAAAAGUGGAAAAAGGCCAAGCUGCAGAUGAAAGCGCACUCGGACAAGCUGGUCAAGCAAAACUCUGCGCUCAAGAAGCGGGUCAAGCUGCUGCAGGCCAACUACGCCGAGGUGACGGCAGCGCUGGAGACGCUGGCGUCGGAAGUUGGCUCGUCGGGUGCGUCCAACGCGGCGCUCGAGCGGGCGCACAACAGCCAAGCGUCUGUCGCCGAUGCGCUGCCGACCGACGACGACUCGACGGUCGGCUCCGAAGCGGUCGACCUAGACGCGACGGCCGACGCCGAGGCUCCUUUGUCGACAGCGUCGAACCCCAACUCACCACGGAACACAUCGAGCAAGCGCUCGCACCGCGAGGUCAUGGCACAGGUUGCCGAGGGCCUCUCGACCAUCCAGAAGCAAAAGCUAGAGCUCUCUGUGGUCAACGACUCGAUUCUCGAAUCACACCGUUCGCUCGCCGAGACUGAGGCCAAGACGCUGGCCAACUUGGAGAUUCUCGCUGAGCGCGAGGAGAGCCUGGCGGCGGCGGUUGCGGCCAAGCAAGACGAGCUUGCUGCGCUCGACGACGACAAGGCUGAUCUCCAUGCGCUGCUGGCGUCGCUCGCGGGCGACAAGGCGACGCUUAACGCCGAGGUCUCGCUCCUCUCGCAGCGCAAGGACGAGAUGACUGGCCAGAUGGCGGAGCUCAAGUUGAAGCUGGCAGCGUCGUCGUCGGAGCUCGAUGCCAAGACAGCAGAGCUCGCUAGCGUGCGUCAGAAGAGCACCGAGCUGUCGAGCCAGGUUGCUGAGCUCGAGGCCGUGUUAGCGCGUCACGAGUCGCAGCGGUCGAUCGGCCUCGCGGCGCUUAUCGACCUCAAGGCCAAGAUCGAGGCCGGCCAGACGGAGGCGACGCGGUUGGAGGCCGAGGCAGGACGGCUGGAGUGCGAGGUAGCGGCCAAGACCGAGGCUAGCGAGCGGGCGCAGGUGGCGCUUGAGAAGCUCGAGCCCAAGGUGGAGAGCCUGACGGCUCGGUCACAAGACUUGCUCGAGGAGGUCGCGCAAGCGGAAAUGGCGCGCGACGAGGCGCAGGCCGAAGCCGAGGCAGCAACAGCGGUGGCGGCGAGUGCGCGUAGUGAGGCGUCGGAGGCCAAGGCGGCGCGGGUGGCGGCAGUGUCCGAGUCGGAGGCGGCGGCAGCGAGGCUGGCAGAGGCCGAGGCGGCGGCGGCACAGGCUGCCGGCGUAGCCGAAGCAGCCGAGGCGGCCGAGGCAGCGGCGCGGGCGGCAGCCGAGGCUGCCACCACCGAGGCCGUGGCGGCACAGGCCGAGGUGGCGGCAGCGCGUGAGGCUCUCGUGGGGCUCAAGGACGAGCUGGCGCAGCUGGAGCAGCAAAAGUCGGCCAGCUCGUCGGCACUGGCGUCGGUUGAAUCGGCUCGGGCGGCGGCAGAGAGCCAGAUCUCGACGCUGCAGGCUGCGAGCGCGGUGGCGGAGGAGCGGCAGCGGCAGAACGAAGCCGAUCUGGCCAAGCUCGUGGGGCAGCGCGAGGAGGCUGAAGGCGCGGCCGAGAGAGCGACGGCCAAGGUUGCGGCGCUGGAGGAGGAGGCGGCGUCGCUGUCAGGACAAGUCCGCGCGCUGCAGGAAGAGGUCCGCAACCUGGAGGCGAGCAAGGCGCAGGUAGCUGCGGCGCAGAGCGAGCUGAGCGAGCUGCAGAUGCGGGUGGCGCGACUCUCUGCGCAGGACGAGACGCUGAGCUCGUCAGUGACGUCGAAGCAAGCCGCGGUGGACCGGCUGGAGAUGCAGCUCGAGGCCCAGCGUGACGAAAAGGUGGAGCUUGCAACGGCGAUGGGCUUGCUGCAAGGCGAAAAGUCUGCGCUUGCGGCAUCGCUGGAGACGCUACAGACGCGGCUGGACGCUACUCAGGCCGAUGUAGAGCGGGCGAGCACGGCCAAGGUCAAGGCAAGCGAGGAGCUGGAUGAAGUGCGGAUGGAGCUUGACGACCUGACGACCAAGCUGGAGGUGCUCCGAGAAGAGCACAAGGCUGCGGCCGGAGCCAAGGCCGAGCUGGAGAACGCGCGGUCGCUGCUCGAGACGGUGCUUUCGGAGCUGACGCGCGAGAAGGCCGACAUGUGCUCCGAGCUCGACCGACUGCGUGGCGACGUGAGCGAGGCGCAGUCGUCGCUGGCUGCCGAGUCUGCAAGGACGCAAUCUGCCGAAGCAGCGCUCGUGGACGCCAAGAUGAAGCUUGCCGAGUACAAGUUUGAGCGCGACGAGGCGGUCAUCGACUGCAAGAAGAUGGAGGAGCGGUACCUGAAGCUGCAGAAGCGGUACAACGAUCUGCGGCUGACGCUGGGGUAAACAAGUUUACGAAGAAA